AUGUCAAGCUUGGAGGUAUCGGUUGUUGUGUUUUUUGAUAAGCAAAAGGCGGCUGUAGUGGAGCUAUUCUACGAGCGGGUCAAACCAACGCGGUGGCUGCUUGUGCGUUCCAUCCCAAUUGACGUGACACUGCUGCAGGUGCUGCAGUGCCUUGAUGCGUGUGCCGCAGUCUCUCCACCGCCGGCUCAAGGUGGCGCGGACGGCGGUGGCAGUGGCAGUGGCAGUGGCAGCGGCAGCUCGCGGUGUAGCGUCACGGAGGGGUGCAUUGGCGUUGUUCGGGUUGGCUGCACCCCGGACGAGGAUCAGAAAUAUUGCUUGCUGCUGCAGUUUGCCACUGCCGGUGAUGCGGCACGCGUAAAGCGUCAAAUUCCACAUGCGAACCUGAUGGGGCACCCACCCAUACUUUCGGAGUACGUCUGUGAAGUGGCCACAGUAAGACGCUCGCGUCUUGGGACCGACGAUGAGAUUAAUGAUGAUGAUGAUGGAGUGGACAUGAAGCCGUAUGGCGCGAGCGGAGAGGAAGCCAUCAAGUUGGUGGAGUUGUGUAGUGUGAUGCAUGGGGGUGUGGCAUCCGUCUCCCUUCCGCAGAGCGCCUCUUCGAGUAAUAAGAUGUGGAGAAGUUUGGAGCGACAGGGCGGAAUGCGCCUGGCGCACACUGCUCAGUUGACACCAAUGGAGGACUUCUGCACUAUCUGCCAGGAAAUCGCCUCCAGUAGACCGUUCAUUGUGACGUUGUGCAAGCAUGUGUUUCACCUCUCAUGCUUCCAUAAGCACCUGGAGGAUGUUGGCCAGUCGUGCCCACUUUGCCGUUUUUCAAUGGCGUUGCUGAAGUCAAAGUGCUACGCAUGUGGUGCCUGCAGUGACUUGUGGACGUGUCUUGUGUGUGGCUGGGUAGCGUGUGGGCUGGGCCACCGCAGUGACACCCUGCUCCACUUUGAGAGCACGGGGCACUCCUGUGCGAUGCAGAAUAGCACUUCCCGGAUUUGGAACUACCGCGCUAUGGAUUUUCUGCACCACCAGCUGGCAAUCGAGCUUGGGCGCGAGGACGACCUAAAGACUCUUCAGGCGGCCGCUGAGGAUACACCCACCACCUCCCGCUUCAACAAGGGUGAGGUGGGGCUAACAGCCACUACGUACCGGCGCAGUCGGUGGUGGUGGGACGAUGAGACGAGGAGGCGGCGCUUGACCUGA